GACUAUUUAGAAUGGCACUCGAAACACACUGGGGUUGGCCGCUCUGGGUCAGUCGACAGAACAUUGUGAGUGAUCGUUUUUGCUGGCAUCGUUGAAAACAAGUCACGACAAUCACCAUACAACAAUUUUCCAUUUUCAGCCUCCGACGCAGGACCAUCAUUCUCGGUGUAUUUUUUCGUGGGGGAGAGCUUCAACCUUUCUCAUAUUUGGAUUUAAUCUCUUGCGUGAUUUCUCUGCAGUCAACUUUGCAAAGAAUAGGAACAACUUUGGUAAUAUUUCUCCGAAAUCGACCAUAAAAAUAAAACGUCAACGCGUUAUUUUAAUUAACUAUUUUCUUUUUGACCAAAACUCACGUCGGUACUGCAUUACAAGAAGUGACCUGCUGUGCAGUUUUCCUCUGUGAACAAGUCCAUUAUCCCACUUACUGCAGUCGCGGUUCUGGAUCAUGGUGUGGAGUAAACAGUUUAUUUUGCUUUUCGUGCUCGAACUGGCGUGGUUUUUGGAUAUUGCUGAAGCAGGGUGCUCCGAACCUCUCAAAUGUUGUAAUGGCAGGAACCACGGGUGCAGCAGCACAGGUUGGCGAAUGGACCGAGUUUAUGGGACGUGCUACUGCGAUGCGGCAUGUAAAACUACUGGUGAUUGCUGUUACGAUUACAUUCGCUCCUGUCCAGCCAGUCCAUGUGUAGUGAGUGAAUGGAGUCACUGGAGUGGCUGUGCUGAGCAAUGUGCACCGACUGUCCGGAUUCGACGACGUCACAUUGAGCAAGAACCUCAGAAUAAUGGAGAUCCUUGUCCUACCCUGGAGGAACGAGCAGGCUGCCUGGAUUACAUGGAUUACCAGGGUGUCCACUGUGGACAGUAUUAUGUACCUGCUUUUAUAAGCACAGCAAAAUAUAAUAAUGAGAGAAAGAAGCGUACUUUGUUUGGGGAUGAAAAGAUGCCAGGAUAUUGUGCAGAGUUUACAAUUGAAUCACUGUCCUUCCACUGCACUGUCGAAAAUCGUCCAUUUGCCAGAUGGAUGCAGUAUCUCCGAGAGGGAUACACUGUUUGUGUAACCUGUCAGCCACCAGCCAUGAAUUCACACAACCAUCGUUGUCAUGGUGAUGAGGCAAAUGCUAAUGGGACUCGCAUUUCACAGUGGCAAGCAGUGGGUAAUUUUCGGUGCAGAGGAACUUGGAAAAAGGUGCACGAUGGAGCACCGUGUUCAUGUCCUGAGGUCCACAGUUUUAUUUUCACUUGAGAAUCCAUUUAUUAUUUUAGAAACAUUCCACACUAAGUUAUAAAUUUAAGCUUAACUUUACAUGCGACAAGAGACAAAAACACCAUUCAUAUUACUUUGCGAUUAUUAUUGUCUAACAGAAUUGUAUCAUUCUGAAUUUGAAUUAAGGUCUUUAAAAAGACCAGUUUGAAUCUUUAAUUAAAGUGCCACCCAUUUGAAAACA